CCCAUGGCGUCACGUGACCAGCCGGCUAGCCUACAAAGGAAAGAGUCUUCUCUGCUAGAUUUCUGUUCUUUCACCUCGAAGACUGUGCAGGAGGAAGAAGACGGAAAUGUGCACCAGCGUCCAGCCCGUUGAGUGGACCACUGACCUCAAGAACCAGAAUUUUGAUGGCAUCAUCCUAGUGACCCAGAGCCAUGACACGCUGCCUGACAAGCUUGAGUGCCUUAAGGCCCCUCUGCAGGACUACAACUCUAUUGACAGCGGGUUGGGAGAGGAGGUGGUGAUCCUCAAGGUUCCUGGUCUCCCUGGCAACCGCCUAGUGUUUUCCUCCACUGGUCCUGUAAACCGUGACUACGACGAUGUCAGGCGUUUUAAUGAUGCGGCAGUCAACGGCAUCAAACGGGCCCUGAAGGCCGGUAUGCAGCGCCCCCUGCUGGUGUGCCCUCCGCACAAGGACUACAAGAACAGCACCUUGGUGGCCGUGCUCGGCGCUCUUCAUGCUCUCUACAUGCCACUUGAGGUGCGAGAGGCGAAGGUGAAAUCCUCCGACUACAAGGUGUGUGUUCUGGGUCUGUGGGCGGCGCAGGAGGCUGAGGGAAAGCGGCUGGUGGAGCUGGCCAAUGCUCUGGAGAGUGGCAGACUGGCUUGCCGCGACAUUGGCGGCUCAGACCCCGAGCGUAUGGCUGCUCCUCAUGUGGCUGAAUACGUCCAGGAACUGUUCAAGAACACCCCUGUGAAGGUGGAGGUGGUGAGCAGCGUGAAGACUCUGGAGAAGGAGUAUCCGUGUCUGGCUGCAGUCAACCGCUGUGCCAACAGUGUUCCUCGUCACCAGGCCAGAGUCAUCAAGCUGCAGUACUGUGGGGAGGGACCGAUCCAGAAGACGCUCAUGCUGGUUGGAAAGGGCAUCACCUACGACACCGGCGGAGCAGACAUCAAGGCCGGCGGCUUCAUGGCCGGCAUGCACAGGGACAAGUGCGGAGCUGCUGCUGUGGCUGGAUUCUUCCAGGUAUUGGCCCAUCUGAAGCCGAAAAACCUGAAGGUUGUGGGCACAAUGGCCAUGGUGAGGAACAGUGUGGGCGCAGACUGCUACGUGGCUGAUGAGCUGGUGGUUUCCCGUGCCGGUCGCAGAGUGAGAGUGGGAAACACGGAUGCGGAGGGACGCAUGGUGAUGGUGGACCUGCUCUGUGAGAUGAAGGAGCAGGGCGUGCGUGAGGUUUCUCCGGAGCUGUUUACGAUCGCGACUCUGACUGGCCACGCGAUCAGAGCCAUGGGACCCGACUACUCUAUCAUCAUGGAUAAUGGACCGGCCCAUCGCAACGGGACUGCUACUAAGUGGCAGAAAGCGGGAGAGGUGCUGGGAGAUGUGUUUGAGGUCUCCAGCAUCAGGAGGGAGGACUAUGACUUCCACAAGGGCAAGUCUGAGUACGAGGACAUUCUGCAGUGCAACAACCUUCCAUCCUCAGCCACACCGCGAGGACACCAGACUCCUGCAGCCUUCCUCAUAAUGGCCUCUGGCCUCGACAAGCAUGGUGUUGAUUCCAGCGCUCCUCUGCCGUACUCCCACAUCGACAUCGCCGGGUCCAGCGGGCCUUUCCCUGGUGUCCCAACUGGAGCCCCUGUCCUCGCCAUGGCAACCCACUACAUCCUUACAGGCACCAUCUAAAGAAAAUCAUCCAAUAAAAGACAAAUUUGUAACUGUCAAAAUAUAAAUGAAGCAUUUGUCACAAAAAGUUA